AUGUUUGGUCUAAAAGCCUUGCUAGCACUGUUGCUGGCCAAUGACAUUGCAGCUAAAUUUGUAGAUUUGACCUACAACAUCAACCAAGACAUAAUGAGAUGGCCUGGAACUCUUCCUUAUAAAUCUACAGUUGCCUUCUAUGGACCUGUUUUGGGUGUACCUUUUGUUGCAUCAAACAACUUUGAAACAACUGAACAUAUUGGGACCCAUAUUGACACUCCAUAUCACUUUGCAAAAAAUGGGAGGAAACUACAUGAAAUUCCAUUUGCUGAUCUACAUGGGGCUGCUGUUGUUAUUGACAUCAGGAACAAGACUGUUGAUAACCGGGAUUAUGCUAUAACUGUGGAAGACCUGCAAGCCUGGGAGACACAACAUAAUCAACCAAUUCCACAUGGUGCAGUUAUCGUCAUGAACUCUGGUUGGGGGGCUUACUGGGGAAAUCAAAGUGCAUUUCUUGGGAGUAACAAUACCACAAUGUUGCAUUUCCCUGGAUUUGGAGCACCUGCUGUUAAGUGGGCAAUUGAUAACAGAAAUGUCAAAGGAUUUGUGACAGAUGCUGUCAGUUGUGAUGUUGGACAAGCAACUGGUUUUCCAGCUCAUCAAGCAGUAUGUGAUGCUGGGAAAUGGUGUGUUGAAAAUGCUGCAAAUGUUGAAAGAAUCCCAGCAACUGGAAGUGAGAUAUACGCUAUGCCAAUAAAGAUAGAAAAUGGUACUGGAGCGCCAAUACGGCUAUAUGCAGUUUGGGACCAUGUAAAUCCAUGGCACGUAGGAGAUGCAGGCUCAAUAGUAGUUCACUCCAUGAUAUCUAUAUUGGCAAGCCUGGUUGCAAAAUAUCUGUUCAUGACAUAACAUCAUAUGACACACAGAAAUU